AAUCUUCGCCGACACGAUAAUGUUGUUCGGUAAGAUUAUUUAUUAUUAUUAUUAUUAUUGCAUAAUACUGAAUAUUCAUUAUUAAUUAUUAUUCAAUAAUUUUCGCUCUAUCGAAUAGAGUGGUUCUCCUCUAAUAUUUUAGAGACUGGCGCAACAUCGUGUUCCGUUCCGCAGUCAAAUCGCGUCGUUAAUUAAUCUCGUUACGUCGCAGUGGCGUUUCCAUCCUUGUGAUUCCGUCGAACUAUAAUUUACUGUCUUCAGUCAUCUGCUUAGCGGUAGUGUCGAUACCCGUCUACGCUUGUCUAUCCAUCCCGAUUUUCGUUAUUAGCGAGUUGACGUCGCGUGUACUCCGUGACCACCAUGGCUGCUUUCAGUACCGCGUUCGCGGUCGUCAUCUGCAGUUUCGCGUUGUUCGGUUCGACUUUUGUGUCGUCCGACAGCGGUGGCAGUCCGUCGAAGAGUGUUCACCUCGGUGGCGGUAAAGGACCGAUCGAAGGGCAGACGCUCAAGUUCCUGUACUGUUAUUCGUGUGGAUAUCAAAAAGCAUUUGAUCAAUAUUCAAAUAUUCUUAGUGAAAAAUAUCCUCAUCUUCGCAUUGAAGGAGCAAAUUAUGACCCUUCUAUGGCACAUUUACUAGCAGCCAAAAUAUUGAGUUUAGCAAAAAUGGUGAUUAUAAUUGCCAUAGGAUCUGGAAUCAACUUAUUUGAAUAUAUUGGCAAACAGCAACCAAACUGGUGGAUCUGGUGUACAUCAAACAAAAUCUACGCUUGUCUUGUGGUAUUUUUUGGUUCAAAUAUGUUUGAAGGAAUGCUUAUUUCAACUGGUGCAUUUGAGUUGUAUUUAAAUGAUAUUCCUGUUUGGUCAAAAUUAGAAACUGGAAGAAUUCCUCAGCCUGCUGAAUUAAUACAAAUUAUUGAUAACUAUUUAUUGUUUGAAAGCCCCUAUCCUGCAUAAGUAUUUGAAAACGUUUAUUUAAAAAAAAAAUAAUUUCUUCUUUUUUAUCAAGUAAUAUAUUUUUUUUUUUUAAUAAGUCAAUGAUAUUUAUUGUAUUGUUUUAUUAAAUGCUUUAGUGAUUAUAUUGUUAGUAAACAAAAAAAAACAUAAUACAUAUUUUCCUUUCGCUCUUAGUAAAUCAAGGAUGGUAAACCAAGUCUCAAUACCCGUUUAUAAGCACUAAUAAUAUAAUUUACUUUUUUGGUUUCUAUCAGUAAAAAUAAAAUAUAAAUAAAUAAUUUGUUCGUGUGUGCCUGUUUCAAAUUAGCAUAUUAUAAACUCAAGUAACUUUAACAUAUAUAAAUGUAUAUAUUUUUUAAGUAUAUUUUAUAUUAUGCUGAAUAAUACAAAUGUUAUUUGGAACUAUUAUUGUCAAUGAUUUUUUUUCUCAGUGUAUAAAUAAAAUCUGGGAUUUUAAUUUGUUUUAUACAAACCACACUUGUUCAGAUAUUUUUCAAAAUUGAUUAUGUUGCCAAAUUCCUCAUUCAUCAGUUUUCUGUAAAAUACUAACUAUAAUUGUUGAUCUUGGGUGAUUAGUUCACCAUCCUUGUAGUGAAGUAGACCAUUAAUUGCUAUAAUAUAACUAUGCAUUCCAUUACAUUAUUUAAGUGGACGGUUUUAAACCUUUUGAACUGAUAAAAUACAUAUUAACAAAACGUAUCAUAAUAAUAUGUAAAUGUUAAAUUUUCUCAUUUUGUUUUACUAUUAUUAUGAACAAAUAUGAACUCAUAGUUAUUAUUGUUUUAAUAAUUAGAGGUUAUAACUUAUAAGUAACAUGUUAAAUUUGUGUUAUUUGUUUCAAAACUUACAUUUUUCAACCUUAAACGAUCAAAUGCCUUGUUAAUUAAAAAUGAUUUCAUAAUUGACUAAUGAUGAUUUAACUGUUAAAAUCCGAAUUUUAAAGUAAAAAUAUUCUUAUUUUUCUUUCAAAACAUGUUAAAAUUGUGUUUUUAAUGAAUGAGUGCUAAUAAAUAUUAAAUUUAACUCAUUUUUUUUAUAUUUUAUGAUAUUGAAUCAACAAAAAAUAAACUGUAUUAAAAUCAGCCUUCAAAAUCUUUUUGGGUUUGAAUUAAGUUAACCAAAUUAAAACAUAAUUAAAUUUAAAAUAUAAAAUAUUUAACAUUAAUAUAAGCAAUUUGUUUAUUUUAAUAUAGUAAAAUGCUGUUGGAUAUUUUAUUAUCAUUCUUACCUAUAUUUAAAAAUAAAAAAAUUAUUGAUAUCAAACCCAAAAACAAAUUUGUAUUUUGAAUAACUAUUAAAAUGUAUUAACUAUACGUCUAUACUUAAUAGUGUUAAUUUCUAUUGUAAAAGGAAUGUUGAAACAGUUCAAAUAUAUUUUACAUAUAUUUGAACAAAUCAUGAAAAGACCAAUUAAUUAACACUACUGGUCGACUUACUAUUUGUUAAUUUGUUUGCCAUUAGUAACAAUCUUUGUUUUUGUUACAUGUUGUAAUUUAUUUAAUCUCAGUAUUCUUAAAAUAAUUUUUAAGAUUUGUUUUAGAUUUCAUGUGCAAAUACUUGAAUAAAUAUAAAAUAAAAACCAAAGAA